ACCAUUCUUUUCCUGGUCGCAGUCUCUACAUGUGAAAAAUGUAACAACUAAUGAAAGCAUAGAAACUGAAAUUAAAAAUGUACAAUCGCCAUCUGCUACCCUGAACUCCAUGGCUUAAUUUCUGACAAUUAACUGACAAUGCGAAACUACUAUCAGAAAACUUUAUGGCAAUUUCAGGUUAAUACAUGAAUCAAAAUCGUUAAAAAUGCCAAUAGUAAACACAUUUGAAACUGAUAAAUUCCAUACACUUACCAACCGAUUACUCACAAAACAGAAGUUUAACAAGCAAACCAGUGCAGAAGUUUUGAAAACAAUAGAGGCCAUGCGAAGUUCCAAUCCUGGAACUUCAAAUCAAAGAAUAACAACCAAUUUUACAACUCCAAAUUUAAGGCUAGAACGUAGCAGUGUAAUGAAAUUAGACAGUCAUAUGCAAACAAGGUCUGGAGAUAAUAUUUACCUUUCAUCGACUAUAAUUCCUAAUAUCGAUCUAGAUGAGCAAUCAAGUAAUAAAAAUCAAAACACUGGUUUUUCAUCAGCUUCGAUAGCUUUACAAACGUCUGAAGGGAAAUUACAUGAAUUAAAAGCAAUGCAGAAACACUUAAUAAACCUUACCCAUGAAGAACCUAAUAAACCGAAAUAUGAACCUAGAAAACCAACUUUGGAGUCUAUAAGACAUGCGAUUGAAAGGGCCAAAAGGGAGGAUAUAGACCGCCACAAAAGUACAGGCACUGAUGAUUUAUUACUGUUUAGUCAAUCUGCACCUGUUUGUGAUGCCAUUACUUGUACGGACAGUAAGGCUGAAACUACACAUAAAUCCGAAAAGAAAGUUCGAAAAGUAAAAACUAAGACCAAGGGUGUCAGGAUCAAGAAGAAAAAGAAAAAAAGUGAUUCUAAAAGUAAACUUCCUUGUACAAGGAGAUGGGAAUAACAUUUGAUUAUACAAAACUAACCUAUUAUAUGUCGAGUGUGUAUAUAGUAAGCAAUAUGUUUGUUAUGUUAAGUGUUUUUGGAAUAUCACGUAUGUCAUUUGUGCUGAAAUAUAAAUAAUAAAACAAGGUCUUUGGAUUCAAACAUUUUUUAAGCAGUUGAUAAUUGGAUCUGGACAACUUUU